UGGCUACUCCGUCUUGGAAUUACACGAGCCUGGAUUGGACGCUGCAUCAUCCGUCAACCGUGCGAUAAGCCGAGCCGUCAAUUCUUCCCCUAUCAGGGUAGGCUGGGCCAAAGGAGAGCCCACGGCAGUGCAGGCAGCCUAUCAACCCCUUCAGAAUGCGGAGUGAACCUCUCUCGUUUGCGCGAAACCCACCAUGUUCGCCACCCACGGGCGUGGUGGAACGAAAGGAUUCGGUUGCGUACAAGGCUUAGUGAUUGCUGUGCUCUCCAACCGUAUUUCAUAGUCAAAUACCGCUUCGCCUGUCGCUUUUUUCUUCUGGCCCAACUUUUCCACUUCUCUCUCUUUGCACUGGCGACCACAUCAACCACGGAAAUGGCGCACACACAAGAUGAUCCUGCGGUGCCUGAAAAAGCACCUUCUGCCAAUCUGUCGAGGAAACGUAGUAGCAGUCCAGUCACGGAGAUUGGCGAGGUUGGCAAAACCAGUGAACUUCACCGCCGACUGUCCAAUCGCCAGGUUCAAUGGAUCGCAAUCGGUGGCUCCAUUGGCACUGCUCUCUUUAUUUCCAUCGCUUGGGGCCUUGUUGAAGGCGGUCCGGGGAGCUUGUUUAUUGCAUUCACCCUGUACUCGUGUUUCCUCGCUCUCGCAAAUAAUUGUAUGGCCGAAAUGUGCGUCUUCAUGCCCGUGGUUGGUGGAUGGGUAAGAAUGGGCAGCAAAUGGGUCGACGAAGCUUACGGGUUCAUGUGUGGCUGGAAUUUCUUUCUUUACGAAGCUAUUCUCAUUCCCUUUGAGAUCUCCGCACUCAAUCUGAUCCUAACGUACUGGCGUGACGACAUACCCGUCUGGGCAGUAGUCAUACCCUGCAUCGUCCUCUAUGGCCUCAUCAAUCUGUUUACCGUCCGCGCCUACGGAGAAUCCGAAUUUUGGCUCGCAUCUGGCAAAGUCAUUCUCAUUUUCAUGCUCUUUUUCUUUACCUUCAUCACCAUGGUCGGAGGCAACCCCAAACAUGAUGCCUACGGCUUUCGCUAUUGGAAGAAUCCAGGCUCCUUCGCGACAUAUAUCCAUGAAGGGUCGCUGGGGCGUUUCGAAGGCUUCCUCGGCGCCUAUUUCCAAGCAUCCUUUACCAUUGUCGGCCCCGAAUAUGUGGCAAUGGUUGCCGGUGAAGCCAGUCAUCCUAGACGGACUAUUAAAACGGCGUUCAAGACCAUGUACUGGCGCUUCGGUCUAUUCUUCAUCCUAGGUGCUCUCUGCGUAGGCAUCGUCCUUCCGUACAACGACCCCACACUCGAAUCUAUCCUGAACACGUCUGGUGCGGGGACAGGAGCCGGCAGUCCAUAUGUGAUUGCGAUGAAAAACAUGGGAAUUGGCGUCCUCCCCGACUUGACUAACGCAUUAAUGAUAACAUCCAUCUUCUCAGCCGGAAACUCGUACGUUUACUGCGCAACUCGCACCCUUUACUCUCUUUCCAAAGAUGGCCACGCACCCAAGUUCUUUCAAAAGACGACCAAACGAGGCGUCCCCAUCUACUGCUUCAUCCUCACGAUGCUCUUCCCCUGCCUGUCCCUCCUCUCGCUCGGCCGCUCCGCUUCAGAGGGAGUGAAAUGGCUUGCAAACGUAACACAAGCUGCUCAGCUUCUCGACUAUAUCUUCAUGUGCACAAUCUACCUCUUUUUCUACCGCGCGCUCAAGGCUCAAGGGUACGACCGCAACGACCCCAGACAGCUCCCCUACCGUGGAUGGGGACAGCCGUACGUUGCUAUCGCCGGCAUCGUCAUCUUUUCCGUCACAUUGGCCAUUUACGGCUAUGCGACGUUCUACGCGUUUGAUGUAGGCACGUUCAUGACGUAUUAUGCCAUGUGCUUCAUUUGUAUCGUGUUGUGGGUGGGGUUCAAGGUGGUGAAGAGGUCGAAGUUUGUAAAGCCUGAAGAGGCGGAUUUGAAGUGGGAGAGGGAUGCGAUUGCUGCGCAUGAAGCUUCGACUGAUCCGCCGUUGGGGUUGUGGGAGGAAAUUUGGGUGUUCGUCACGCGGAAGUCGAAGAGAAAGGGUGUGGAAGAAGGGGAGAGUUCUUAG